CCUUUGGCCAGCUGUUGUUAUUCACACAUCUUCAGGGUUUGUGUUUGUCUCCUGCUCGUCUGCUCCCAGACAGACAAUCAGAUGAAGGAGAGACUGCGGGGUGUGUUCUUUAAAGUCCUGGGAAACCUGUCCCGCUGCUGUGUGUGUGUGUGUGUGUGUGUGUGCUAUCAGCUGCUAGCUCAUUAGCUGGCUAUAGGCGCUGCGCUGUCUACAAUGCUGUUACAUGUAACGUAGACACAGCCGACUUUGGACGGAAAUAUGGCGUUAUUAGGACGGUAAUACUUUCAGCUGUGACCGGAAAACAUCUGUAAGAAGAGGACAGUGAAUCAAACCCUUCCUGACCUGCGGAGAGAGUCUGAGUCGCCUGCAUCACCCUGAUCCUUCUUACAUCCUCACCGCACGCCCCCCCACGGCCAGUGUCUGGCCACUGUAACCAUGACGACAGGGGGUUGUUGCCACCUGCCCGGCUCCCUAUGUGACUGUGCGAGCAGCACGGGCCUGUGGAAGAGCGUGGAGGAGGCGGGCGGCGACGGGUGCCAGGCACUUUACGUCACCCAGGUCACAGCCAUCGACGGACAGCUGCUCUCCUCCGUGCUGAAACCCGUCGGAUCACAAAUUGAUGGUCCCAUCUGUCGCAUCUGCCAUGAAGGAGGCAGCGGUGAGGUUCUCCUAUCUCCCUGUGACUGCACAGGCACCCUGGGCACCGUGCACAAGAGCUGCUUGGAGAGGUGGCUGUCGUCUUCCAACACCAGCUACUGUGAGCUCUGCCACACCGAGUUCAGCAUUGAGCGCCGCCCGAGGCCUCUCACAGAGGUAACAAAGUGGCUGCGGGACCCCGGCCCUCGUAAUGAGAAGAGCACGCUGUUCUGUGACAUGGUGUGCUUCCUGUUCAUCACUCCUCUAGCAGCUAUCUCAGGUUGGCUGUGCCUGCGGGGAGCUCAGGACCACCUUCAGCUGGGGAGCUGGCUGCAGGCUGUGGGCCUCAUAGCCCUGACCAUCGCCCUCUUCACCAUCUACGUCCUGUGGACUCUGGUGUCGUUCCGCUACCACUGUCAGCUUUACUCGGAGUGGAGGAGAACAAACCAGAAAGUACGCCUGCUCAUUCCUGUAGCCAAGGACUCCAACUCUUCCCAGCAUUCCUUGCUCUCGACCAAACUGAUGAAGAAGUCGGCCAAUGAGAGUAUAGUAUGAGAGCGUGACAGCAGUGGGGAUGCAUCAGACUUGCCAGCAAGCCUUUGAAGAGACUUGUGUGGGCUUCUUUUUUUUUUGUCUCUAUUUGAAACAUGUCGUCU